CGAAAUCUAGGAGUCUGUCCUUGAAGUCUAAUGCGGAUGGAUUGGUUUUCAUGUUAUUUACUCUUUGUACAUAUCUGAGGUUUGCUUCCAUUAGGACCCAGAAAUCGAGCUAGACUGACCUGAAGAUCCCGAUGACGACUGUCAUUUCAAGACAUACUUCUACUAUUUCUCUAGUUUCUCAGAAUUCAGUACAACUGGAGGCUGGAUUGUUGGUUCAAUGCUUAAACCGCUAUAAGGAAUUUUUAGAGUGUGGAUGCGAGAAGCUCUUAAACUCCAAAUUUUCAAAAAGAGGAGCAGGUUCAAAUGUUUUGAACAAUCCAAAUUCAUCAUUUAGUGAUGACACCACUGGUAAUGAUUCAGCACUGUCAAGUAUCGGUUUCGAAAACAUCACAACUUCUGUUGUUCGGAGACUGGACGCUGGCGCGCGUGAAAGCUUAGGCCAACAUCUAAUUCAGUUGUUGGCCACUAUUGUUCUACCCGAUCCUCCUCAAUCUAUAAGUGAAGUGGAUAGUCGUUUAGUGGACGGUUUGCCAGGCAUUCCUGAUAAGCUAAUGCCAUCUGAUAGCGAUAUGGAGAAUUACCGCAACUUGGCUGAAAAAGGACGAAAAAAAGCGUUGAAUUUACCAUUUGACAAAAUAUUUAGUGCCUUAAAAGAAUUCAGUGGACGUUUCAACUUCAAUGUGUGCGUUUAUAUUGUUGCUAUAGCUGAACAUGUGAUUGGAAAUUUCUUACAGGCUGCCAUUUGCUACGAAGAUAAGGCUCUGACUGAAAAUGUUAUUCGAGCAUCAACUGUUGAGAAAUUGUUUAUCUUGUAUCGAGAUCGUGUUAAACCGCGUCGUAAAAUGUUUGAACAUCGUUUGGCAACAGCUAAUCUUUUUCCUCAAGACUACGAUAAGUGUGUUGAUGAAUUAUGUAGUUUUCUGCAUACGUGCUUAGAACAAAUGAAUUUACUAAUACGUGUAUUUCGUGAACCGAUAUUAUCGGUGAAUUCUUCAUCAUCAGCACCAACAACGGCAACCACAUCUUUUGGAGAACAAACAACGACAACAACAACAUGUACACAUGCAAGUGAAGAUACUACACAAGUAUUAUUUGGUAACAUAUUAGAUGUAUACAACAAUAUGCGUAUUCUUCUGGAUACUAUUGAAGCAGAAGAUGAAGAUAAUUAUUCACCGAAUAUUAUCAAAUCUAAAAAUGACUGUACAUCGUCAACAUCAUCAUCAUCAUCGGCAGUGUUGAAUAAUGUGAAACCUGUUAAUACUUCUUCUACUAAUGGUAAAAAUAACACAACAUUAGUGAAUUCAUUGUCUGAAACAUCGACUACACUCGAGUCAAUACCAGAAAAACAAUUUUCUAGUAAUAAUGAUAACAAUGAAAUGAAAAGCAACAUUAAACGCAAUAAUGAAUGUACGCAUAAAAACAUCAACAAUAACAGUUUAUCAGCAUCAACAUUCCAUUCAAAUUCUUCAAUUGGUCAUAAUGAUGAAGAUGAUGAUCAUGAUCAUCGUCGUCAUCCUCAACGUAGUAAACAAGAUUCAUCAAUCAAAAAUCAUAGUAAUAAUAAUAAUACUAAUCAAACUUAUCCUAGACGUUUAGUUGGUAUUUGUUUAAUUGAAUUAGCUGAAGAUGAUUCAUUGCAUGCAUUCAGUCAAUAUGCUACUAUUGUACUAGAUUCUAAUUCAAGAGAUCGUGCUUGGAAUUUAAUUGAACAUGAAAGUUAUGCACAGGAAUUAUGUCAGUUAAGUCGAAGUAUUGUGCAUACAGCUUCAUUGAAUCAUAAAUAUCCUCAGGCUUACAAUUCAUUUUCAUCACCAUCACCAACAACAAUGACUGACUUUCACUCAUUUACAUGUUCACGUUGUCAACAUUGGGAUACAAUCGUGACUAAACCACGUCGUCGAUCCACUUCAACAACUGUUACACCUUCAACUAAUGAUAAUAAUCAUAAUAAUUCAUCCAGUGUAUAUCACAAUAAAAAUGCUAUGUCGACUUCAGUAGAUUCAGCAGAUAAAGUUGAUUUAACAUCAAGAAUCUCAUCAAGUCGUCAUCAUCAACAUCAUCGUUCACCGCAUUUAUUAGAAAUGAAUACUUCAUCUUAUGCAAUGAAUUGUAAUUAUUUAGUGAAUGCAACAAGAUAUUUACUUCCACGAAUCAUUCUACUGCCAAUAUUUCAUUUUUUUUAUUUUCAUGAAUUAAUCGAGACAUUACAUCGGUGCGCUUACGACGAGGUUGAUCGAGCACGUCUAGAAGAUGUGCUGAGUAUGUUGAGAAAGACACGGACAACAUUAGAACGAGAUUUAGCUAAACAUCCAUGGGUUGCUUUGCAUUUAGUUCGAUUAAUAUCAACCGGCCAGUUGACUGAUCGUUAUCGUUCUUUGUAUUUAAACGCUGUCACUGGCGCUUCUUGUCCACCAAGUCCUGUGAAUUAUACCGCUCCACCGUCACCUGUAAGUCUUUCAGGUCAAAUUGUUAGUCAAGUCUCAUGUAAUUCUGCGUUCAGCACAAAUUGUAAUGCUUUGUCUAGUAAUAUAUUCAACUAUCACAAUACUCAUCAUUCUACACCGACUACAACACCAAUGUCAAUUAAUUCAACCGAUCUAUCAUUCACAUAUAGCAAUACUGUUCAAAAUAAGGCGGAGGAAAUUGAAAAACUUCUCAGUAGUAAAGAUAAAUUAAUUAUGUCAAGUAAUUAUCCUAACACACUCGGGGAUUUUGUAAUGGAAAGUCGUGUACAUUUACGUACGGCUGAAUCGAAAAAAUCAUCCAGUGAACAUAUUGCCUAUUUAUUUACUGGUCUUUUGUUAAUUUGCAAAUGGCAAGAACGUCGUUCAACUCCAUUAAAUCCAAAUUCUAUGCAACAAUCUAUUCUACGUAUUAAACAUCGUAUACCACUUGAUUUAAUUCAUGUUACUGAUUUACCACCAAUAGUUCAGCCAAAUUUAAUCGGUUAUGUUGGUCAUAGUGGUCCAAUGACACCGUCUUUAGUUGGCGCAGCAGUUCUAGCUGCAACAUCUUCAAAUAGUAGUUAUUCACAAAAUAAUAAUAAUAAUAACAAUAAUAAUAAUUCUUCAUCUACUAUGAACUCACACGAAGAAACGUCAUCUAUCGGACUAUCAUCAUCUGGCUUUUUCUCGUCAAGUUUCAAUGGAUCUAUUUCCAGUCAUUCAAGUUUAAUUAGCUCUGGUGGUUCAGGAGGAAUCAGUUCAUUUCCAUUUUUAUUCGAAUUAGAAUAUGUUGAUUCAAGUUCAUGUAGUCCUACAACAUUGCAUAAAUCAUUGAAUCAUUCUUACAAUCGUCAUCAUCAUCAUCAUCAUCAUAUGUAUUAUGCUGGUUCACAAAAAUCAUCUACUGGGCGAAUGAAUUACAAUGAAGAAGGGACUACUACUGCUGCUGCCACUACUACCAAUACUAUCAAUGAUUGUAAUGAAGGGAAUUCAAUGCCUACUAGUAUUACUUCAUUAAAUAAUGGUUCUGAGAAAUUUAAUUUCACUAAUUUGUCAUCUAGUAUCAAUGUUAAUCAUAUUCGAAUAUUUUUACGAACACCAGAAGAAAAAGCUGAUUGGAUAGCUAGUUUAUUAAGCAUUCAAAGUUAUCGACUUUUUAUACGUUAUAUACGAACAUUACCCAGACUGGAGGUAUCACUUCGUUUGCCGUCGUCACAUAUUUACAAAUUCAAUCGACCUGAUAGUAUGGACAAUAUUAUUUUCGAAUCAAAUAUGCCAACAUCUGUAUUAUAUCCUCCUAAAAAUAAUUCCAUUUCCAAUCAACAUCAACAGUAUCACUGUUAUCAACAAAAAGAUUCACACGGUAAACUACAACAGUCUACAUUUCAGUCAGCUGGUAUAACGAAUCAUUUUGAUUCUGGUAAACUAUGUUAUUUCAAUGAAUCAACUAAUUAUUUGUAUGCCACAGAUGAUACUGGUCUAGAUGGUGAACGGAAAGAAGAAGAUGAAGCAGAAGCAGCCGAUGAUGAUGAUGACGAUGAUGGUGAAUUGAUGGAAUCACAUUCUUUAACUACUUCUAGCGUUGUUACGCCCUCACCUCCUUCAUCAAUAAUUUGUCUAUCAUCACAAUCCUCACCGACAACAACUCCAUUAUCAUCUAAUAUAGAGAAUUAUACAAAUGCUACUAGUACUACUAUUGUUACUCAUCAUAGUAAUGUUAUCAUCACUGAACAUAAUGAUGAUGGUAAUGCAGAGAAUAUGCUAUUUGAAAGUCAUGAAAAACAAAACAAUACUAAGAUUAUGAUGUCAAUGUUGAGUAACAGUGGUUCAUCGAGUACAUUAACAUUAACUAGUCAUGGAUCAUCUAAUGAUGGUUAUCAUAAUACUGCUAAUAAUAGUAAUAAUAAUAAUAAUAACAAUAAUAAUCAAACUCUUACAAAUAGUUAUACUAAUACAAUAAAAUCAUUACGUGAUUAUGCUUUCCAACGACAAUCAUCACAAUCUCCUAGUAGAUCUACCAAACUUGCCAAUAUACACACAAAUCAACGAUUUUUCAAUUCAUCUAAUUUUCCACCACAAAUACGUAUGGCCACAUUAGAUAAACUAAUUGAACGACUCACUUACCCGACUUAUUUCGAUAUACGUUUAGUUAAUUGUUUCUUAUUGGUUUAUCGACGUGUUACUACAUCAGAUGAAUUAUUAGAUUUACUCAUUGAACGAUUUCGUAUACCUGAUCCGGAAUUUCUACCUGAAGAAUGGAAUAUUGAAGUGGAACAAGGUCAAUUGGAAUCACCAGCACAGCAUAUGUUGAAAAGAUUUCGUUCAGGUUAUAAAAAGCGUAUUCAGUCUAGAGUGAUAAUGUUCCUAUCUCGUUGGGUUCGUAGUGCACGUUAUUAUCAAAAUGAUUUUGCUCCCAAUCCUCGUUUACGUCAAAAACUGUUAGAUUUUUUAUCAACUAUACAAGCUAGGCAUUUAAUUUCUUCUGUUGAACGUAUUAAACAAUAUUUACAAAAUCCUCCAAUUUCAACACAAUUUCCUGAGACAAUGACAGCGGCAAAAACAAUAGAAACAAGUAUGGAUAAUGUGGAAUUAUCACCACCACCAACGUCAUCAUCAUCAUCAUCUGGGCUCACUUCUGUAUCAUCGAAUGAAUCAAAUCAAUCAAGAAAUUUCAUUAAUCGUAUAACCUUAAAUAAUAUUCAUCCUUACAAAUUAGCUGAACAAGUUACAUUGUAUGAAUGGGAAUUAUAUCGACGUAUACCAUUUUGGGAAGUUGAAAGUCGUGAUCGUACUGGUAAUGCUGUGCCUAAUUUAAAUAAAUCAAAAUCAUUUUCAAAUCGUUUUCGUAGUUGGUUGAUCUAUUCAAUACUUAGUGAAUCACAUCCAGAUGAUCGAAUAGUUGGUAUUCAACGUGUUAUUGACUUGAUGUUAAUUAUGGAACAUAUGAAUAAUUUACAAGGCAGUCAAGAAGCUAAGUCAGCAUUAAUCAGUGCAGCCGUAUAUCGUUUAAGAAAGUCAUUUCAGGCUAUUCGUCGAUUAAGACAUUAUCGUGAAGUAGUUGAUCGUUUAAAACGUGAAGGUGUUCAUAAUCCAAAAAAUCAACGAACAUCAUCUUCUGGCACUAGUUCAUCAUCAACAUCACAUCAAAACACAUCAAUGAUUGAUUCAAAUCUAUCAGGAAAUGUCAAUAAUAUGAAUAACAAUAUUACUAAUAGUAAUAAUAAUAAUACCAAUAAUUCAGUGAAUAAUCAUUUUUCUAGUUUUGGUUUACCAUUUUCCAUUCGAACAAGUAAAUCACAUGAACGUCGUAUAAGAGUAUUAGAAAAACAACAUGCCUCCGGUGAAUUAUGUCAUCCAUGUGUACCAUAUAUAGCUGCUGGUGUAAUGACACGUUUAAUACAUUUAGAUUUAUGUCAUCCAGAUACAAUUAUCAAUAAUGCUGGUAAUGUUAUGAUUAAUUGUUGGAAACAUCGUCAAUUAGCUGAAAUUGUUGAACGUUAUUUAGCAUUUCAACGUAUUCCAUAUACUUAUAGUGUAGAUGAGAAUGUACGAGACUUUUUAGAACAUGUUGAUCCAUUCGAAUUGGCUGGUGUUUCGUCUGAAGCAGAAUUCGAAAGUAAAAUGUAUCAGUUGUCUGAGUUGUAUGAACCAAGAGAUACUGAACCGGCGAAUGAACCAAUUAUACCUGAGGAACGUCAUAUGACAAAAGAAGAAAUACAAGCUGCACAACUACUCAGUAAUGUUUCAUUAAAAGAACGUAUAUCCAUACCAUGUGUAUUACAAUUUAAUCAUCUACUCAAUGCAUCGAAUACUACUAUUCAUGCUAAUAAUCAUAAUAGUAACAAUAAUAAUAAUAAUAAUAAUAAUCAUAGUGGUAAUAGUAAUAGUAGUAGCAAUAGAAAAUCACCUCUAUCAUUAUUAGUGCCCUAUUCAUCUUCAUGUACAUCAUGCAGCACUGUUGUUGUUACAACUGAUAGUACUAAUAAUUGUAACAACAGUACAAAUGAACAUAGAAAUUCAUUAAAGAAAUCUACUAAUCAUUCAUCAUCAUCAACAACAACACAAAUCAGUGCAAAUUUCAACACUGCUACUACCAUCACUACAACAACUACUACUACUACUUCUACUACCACUAAUAAUCAUGAUGUGAAUAAUACUAAUCAUAAUUAUAAUGAACAGCUUCGCACAGAAAUACAAGAACGUAAAUAUUUACGUAUUCCUAAUACAUUGUCUAUCUCUUCGCAUACAUUUCAUACAACUAUAUCCGGUGCUAAACAUCAACACAGUAUGUCUGAUAGCCAUGUCAUUUCUCCAAUGCUUUCUCCUUGUCAUCAAUCAACAAAUUCAGUGAUCGGUGUAACAACCGCUUAUUCUGCCACAGCUGGAUUAUCACCGCCAUCUACACCUUUCUCGUCUACAUGUGGUGGUGGUUGUUUGCAUCAACCACCACCUCCACCGUUACCACCUAGACAAAGACGUCAAAGUUGUAGUUGUUGGAAAUAUUCAAAAUCUAUCAAUUCCACUGGUACAACUCUACCAAAAAUACCUACUCCUCCACCAUCUUCUGUUCAUUCAUCAAAUAGUUCAUGUGUUUUCUUUUCAACUACGGAAAAUUGUAAAUGUUUGCCACUGCCACCUCCACCCCCUCCUCCUCCUUUACCUCCAAAGCUAAAUUGUUCCAAUCGUUCAACAACAACAACAACAUCAACUGUUCCUAUCCCAUACAAUCGAUCUCCCGGUGAAUCCCCUAUGCAUUCGAAAUUUUUCUCUUCAUCCAUAUUAAGUCCAGAUAGUACUAUUGAGUGUAGUAUUAUUGAAACAGCACCUCCAUUACCGCCGAGAAGAAAUACUGUCAAUAAUAAUAAUAAUAAUACUCAUAGUAAUUUAUCCACUACAAUAUCAGAUCAUCGUAACCGAACACCUGAUUGAUGCAUAACAAUUUAUUGUAUAGUUUGAAUAUUAUUAUGUACUUUUAUACUGCUGUAUAUUUAUUCUUUCUUCUCGAACUAUGCCACUGUAGUUCAACGCAUUCUUUAUUAUCAUUGAUACUGAUAUUUGUGCUAAUACAACUUUCAUAUUCCUCAUGUUAUUUCCUUCUUUUCCUGUGUAUACUGUGUGUGAAUACUUGGUUCACUUACACAUUUGUACAAGAUCCUAUAUAUAAAUAUCUACAUCAAUAGUGGAAUCUCAUCUCAGCUACACAAUUUCUAUUUGCUUCUUAUGAAUUAACUUCUAUUACUUUGCUUUUUUUAAUCAUUCUGAAUACAUUAUUUACUUGUCUACUGGUUCUGAUUAACAAAAGAAUUUCAAUUAAGAUAUUUUAUUUUAAGUUCUUGUCUCAAUUGUUUUUCCACAUAUAAUACAAUACUACAAUUGAUGUGCAUUUGAUGUAAACUUUUUUACUGCCGCUCUUUGUUUUCAUUUCUCUCUCUCUACAAAGUACCAACUAGUUCAAAAGUCAAGAGAGUGUCAAUUGUGUGUUUUGUUUGAAAAUUUUGAGUUUUUAAAAAAUAAACAAAUGCAAUACUUUUUAUUGUAUGUAGAAAAUCAAUUGUUAUCAUUCAGAAUCCUUAUUCUCAUUCCCCCUAAUGUGUUUUCUUGUCUCUCCAUUUUUUUUAUCACUGUUACUUUUCUUUCUACUAUUUUAAAUGUAUUGAUUGUUUCUCUGCAGUGUUUCAACUCACUCUGAUGAUGUAGAAUUUGGACGGAAUCCGUUGUUGGAUAAAUGUGUGUAUUGUGUGUGAUGCGGUGCGGUUUAUGAUGAUUGAUCGAUCUAAUUUAAAUGGGUAGAUAUAUACAUAAAUCUGUGAUGUGAUGUUUAGUCAAAACUAGUGUGUGUAUAACUAUUACUUUUUCGUUGCUUUCAUUGUACACCCGAUUUUCAUCGUCGAAUUCAUGUUACAAUAAAAUCAAUCAAUCAAUCGAUCAACAAAUUCAAGAAAUGAACAUUGAACACAAGAUCGAUAAUCACCUUGAUUCUUUUUUCUUUUUUUUCUCAUUGUCCUUCUUUAUUUGUGUAUUUUUCCUCCUGCU